AUGAGUUGUAAGCUCUCCUUGGCCAUUUUGGCAAUUGUGUGUCUGGUGGCCAGCAUUGAAGCGGCCUCAUUGCGGGUACCAGUGCACGCCUCUUCGGAUGCCACUGUGGUGCACAAAUUGGAUUACGAAGGUGUUCAGGAGAAUGUGAGAGGCUCGCGUCAAGCCUACGAAGAAGAUGGCUCCUCAGGGGAAGAUUCGGAUGAAGAUGAUGAGGAAGAUGAUGCCGAGCGGAUACAGAAGAAUAUAAUUCAACAGCAACAAGCCCAAGAGCAAGCGGUUAAUGACUCGCAAGAGGGCAGCGAAGAAGACUCCGAAGAGGAGGAUGACGACGAUGAAGAAGACGAUGAUGAUGAUGAACCUUCAUUCUUGGGUCGUCGCAGAAGACGUGAUAUAGCAGACGCUGUUGAAACUGAUGCAACCCCUGUAGAACCUGAAGCCAAUAAUGAGAUUUUGGAGAGUUCGAAACCUGCCGUUGUCCCAAGUGGAGAUAAUAAAGAAGAAGUUAUUGUAGAAAAUAUAGAGGGUAUCGAAGAAUCUGCUGCCUCUUCCCCAGGCACAUCUUCCCCCUCUAGCACAAAUGUAUUAAUUUUAAUUCGUGAUGCCAUUAAAAAGGUUACCACCGAAUUGCCUAACUCCGAACAGGUGGCUGCCAGUGCCCAACAAUACUUUCAACUCUUUGGACAUUUCUUACAACAAACGAUUGAACAAGUCAUUGGCGAUGAUGAUGAUGACGAUGAGGUAGAUGCUGUGGCUGCGGCAAUUAUUCCAGAAGCUCCAACAGUGACUGUGGAAGCUGAAAAAGAAAACCCAUCUGCCGAUGGGGAUAAGGAAAUGCCAGCCACUAGCGAAGACAAGGAUAAAUCUCCAAUGGAAGGCAAACCUGUUGGUGCUGAAAUUCCAGCACCAGAAGCUACAGUACAUGACGAAGUCAAUAAGGCCCAGGUUUGA